AUGAUCCCCCUCGUGGCGCUACUGGCGCUAUGUUCGCCGGCGUUGGCCUCGAUUCUCGCUGUCGAUUAUGGCUCCGAUACCAUGAAAGUCGCGCUUAUGAAGCCUGGUGUGCCAUUUGACGUUGUACUCGAUCGAGACUCGAAAAGAAAGAUUGCGAGUGUGGUUGGCUGGAAGGGUGAAGAUAGGCUAUUUGGGCAGGAUGGGCGUAACCUGGCGACUCGGUUCCCCAGCGACACCUUUUCAGGUCUAAAGCCUGUGCAGGGCGUACUAUUCGACUCGGGUACGACAUCUUACUACACGUCAGCCGCCCAAAUCGCCUUUGGACACACUUCACGGAAUACCUUUGCCGCAAAAAGACCAAACGGAGAUGAAUACUCGGUCGAGGAGCUGGUAGCCAUGCAGCUGGACUAUGUUCGAGAACUAGCAAGCAGUGUUGCAGGCGAAAACGUUCGGGAUAUCCUUGUGACGGUUCCUGGAUACUUUACUCAAUUCCAACGACAAGCGGUUAUUGACGCGACCGAGAUUGCUGGAAUGAAACUCAUCACUCUCGUCAAUGACGGAACAGCGAUCGCCGUGAACUACGCUAUGACAAGGCAGUUCCCCACUCGAGAGGUUCACAUGAUAUACGACUCUGGCGCUGCUGCUACCCGGGCUACCCUCGUUUCCUUCCAUACCACAACUACCCCUGCCAUAAAAAAAUCCGCCAAACCCGAAAACAUCACCCAAAUCACCGUCCUUGGAUCGGGCUUUGACACACUCGCUUCUGGUACCGAGCUCACUCGACGAAUCCAAACUCUUCUCGAGUCCAAGAUCCCGUCGAAUCUCAAGUCCGAGUUGAUUGAUCGUUCGUAUGCCAAGCUGACUAGGGAGGCUGAGCGUAUCAAGGCAAUUCUGAGUGUUAAUACCGAGGCCAAUGCGGGCGUGGAAGGACUUGUCGCCGACCAGGAUUUCAAGACCAAACUCGAGCGAAAGGAAUUCGACAAGGCGACUGAGGAUUUGUUCUGGAGGUUCCAGCAACCAAUGUUGGAUGCUCUUGACGGAACAGAUGUCGGGCUUGCGGACGUCGAGAGCGUUAUUCUUCAUGGUGGUAAUACACGCGUUCCCUUUGUCCAGACAGUUUUGAAGAGCACGGUUGGAUCGGCCAAAAUUGCUACCAAUGUCAACGCGGACGAGGCCUGCGUUCUCGGCACUGCGUUCUAUGGCGCUUCCCUCUCCCGCCAAUUCAGGACCAAACCAAUCAAAGUCCAGGAUGCAGUCGUUCGUGAGGUCUUCCUUAGCUAUACCGCCGAGAACAAGGGCAAGGAUGGCAAUCCUCGCACCAUUACCAACGUGGUAUUCCCGGUUAGGUCUGCGACUGGAGUUAAAAAGACCUUGACUCUCAAGCGCAAACAAGACUUUGAUGUUGUCGUUGGAUUCAAGGAGAUUGAGCCUGCCGGUCAACCUGGCGCAAAUGUUCCUACACUUCGGUAUACCAUCUCCGGCGUAGAAACCGCAUACAAUAACCUCACUGAACGCGGAGCAACCGAUGCUGCUGUCAAACUCACCCUCCUCUAUUCAGAGAGUGGUUUGGCGAGCAUCACCGAGGCGGCUGUGGUUGGUACCGUCAAGGAUGACAGUUUCACUGGCAAGCUCAAGAACCUGUUUGGAGGAUCUUCGAGCACUACAACUGGUACCGAGACCAGUACUGCUUCUGUUUCCGAAGGAACCAAGGUUGAAGAUGAGCCCAAGGCACCUGUCGAGAAGCUCGAGUCGAUUCCUAUCACUGCAACCAUCGAACCCGUGACUAUCAAGCCGCUGUCCCUCGAUGAGAAGAAGGCUGCUCGCAAACGCCUGAUCGCUCUCAAUGCCGCUGCCUCGGCCAAACGUGAACGUGAGGAAGCAUACAACAACCUCGAAGGAUUUUUGUACCGUCUCCGCCGCUUGCUUUCCGACGACUCGGACGAGUCUCCGUUCAAUGGCUUCUCGACACCCGAAGAGAGGGCCAAGAUUGAGGAGGCUGUCGAUGCUGCUAUGGAAUGGCUUGAUGGUGCUGGGUCCCACGCGAACGCCAAGGAACUGUGGGCCAAACGUGACGAGAUUGAAACAAUGGAGAAACCCAUUCAACACAGGUACAAGGAAGCCGAGACCGGCCCCAAGGCCCUCAAGGACUUGCAGCAAGCCAUGUUCGCGGCCAAGUUGUUCGUUUCUUCCGCCAAAGAAAACAGGACCAAGAUCGAAGCCUUUAACAAACUCGUCGAGUCCGAUCCUGAUGGCGAACACGAACCUCUCGCUCCCAUGGCCGAAUUUACCGAAAAGGAGGUUCAAGAGGUCGAGUCGCUCAUGGCCGAGAACGAAGUCUACCUGAACGAACGAGUCGACGUCCAGAAGAGCUUACCAAAACACGUAGAUCCAGUCUUGGUCACGGCCGAUAUGAACUCGAGGGGGAUGAAGAUGCAGAGUCUUGUGCAAAAGUUGAUGAAGAGGAAGCCCAAGGUUCGGGCUGUGAAAAAGGCGCAGACGACAAGCUCGACGAGCUCGGCCAAGGCGGAGGAGACGACCAAGGAAAAGGUCAAGGAUGAGCUUUAG